AUGGUAGAACAAGUAGUGAGACACACGCAAGCUAACGCCCAUAUAAUCUUUUCGCUAAUUCUACGCUUGUUUCUGAUGGGAUUUGCAAACAUUUACUGCGUUGGAGAGAGUGGAGUUAGCCAACUAUAUGACCGUCUGGUGUAUAAAUCAUUAAACGAUUUCCUAUUCUAUCCGAUUGCGAUAUCAAGAAAGGACAAACAUGAUCAGCUUAAACAUAGUUAUGAAACCAUAGAACCAUAUUUUAUGGAAUGGAAAUAUACUAUUAGGUUAAGAAUGAUGUCGCAAAGUCAAAAGAACCUGAUAUUUUCACUAAAAGGGGGACCACAAGAAGAACCUGCUCAAAAUUUGGAGCAACGUAUGUUUCACGCAGUGUCUUACCCAAUCAAAUGCUUUUGGAGGAAAGAUAAUAAUUAUGAAAUAUUUACGUGUGAUAUUUAUGUGCUAAUACAAGUAUACAAUUAUAUACAUAAUACUGAGAGACAAGAUGUUAUAAAAAUAUUAACCAAGGACACGAGUUUAAAAAAAGAGGUGCGUAGAGAUAUGACGACAACCACUCGUUUUACAUCAACUAACACACCAUCAACUUUGCCGGCAACAACAACAACAACAACAACACCGCCACCACCACCACCAACAACAACAACCAAACCAAAAACAACAACAACAACAACAACAACGAAACCAAAAAUUACAACAACAACAACAAGGAAGCCAAAAACAACAACAAAAACGAGGACUGAAGCAUGGAGAUCAACCACUACAACAACAAAACAACCUGAAAAAAAAUCAACCAACAAAAUAACUGGUAGCACAUUUAAAGAGCUUCAAAGUACAGCUUCUACAGCGACAUCAAGGCUACAAAAGGGAGAUGUUAACCUUGAUUUCACUAGUACAUCAGAGCAAAGUUUUAACACUAAAAUAAUGGCGUUGUCAAUCUUAGUUGGGAUUUUAUCACUUGUCAUCUGCGUUUUAAUCAUCUAUCUGUUAUACGUAAGAAUGAAGUUAAAAAAACAAUUGAACAAUUCAUCUGACGAAACACAUAAGAAACACAAUUCAUCUACAAGCAGUUAUAAGAACCAAUCAUCAAUCAGCUCAUUGAGUGACUUGUACAGCCGUGUUGCUUCCCUUACACCAUUUAAGAAAAACGACAAGCCCAACUAUCCGUAUAGAAAACCUGUUCCACGUCCAACAGAAAACAUUGCCUCCCAACGUCCUGCCAGCGCAAACGAUAGCAAAUCUGACGACUACGAUUAUCUUCAAGAGUAUGAUCAUCCUGGCAUGGUUAUAGGCAAACCUGGUAUGGUUUUAAAUGAUCCACAAAUGUCACUUAGUGUUUCUUCUCUGUAUGCAGAAGUUAACAAAGACAGAAAAAUUGAUGCUUGACUCGAAGCACAUGAAUGACAAUUUACGAUAGUAGAGGGAAAUUUAAAAUAUUGUUGUAAAUAACAUUUUUAUAUUUAUUAGCAUAAAAAAGUCAAUACUAACUUUCAAUUUCUUCAAUAGAAAAAGAAAAAAA